CAUACUUCGUGCUUGUUUUAUACUACCAAGAUGGAAUCACAGAGUAGAAGUGUUUAUAUUGGGAGUAUCCCUUUUGAUUAUACUGAAGAACAAGUCUUGGAUAUAGCCAAGUCCGUGGGACCAGUACUGGACCUUAAAUUGUUAUUUGACUCAACGACCGGGAAGUCUAAAGGAUACGCUUUUGUUAGGUAUAAUGAUCAUGAAACUGCAGCAUCAGCAGUACGAAACUUACAUAAUUCGAAUAUCGGGAAUCGAUUUUUGAAAUGUGCUUUUUCAAACGAUAAUCAAUCCUUCCCGGAAUCAAGUAUAACUGGAGUAUACGGAAUGACUAACGCUUCCAAACUUCCACCAUUACCGUUAGGUACCCAGAUCUUCCCCAACCAAACCGCCCAGCAAGCAAUCUCUGCAUCGUUGUCUACCAUGGACCAACAAUCUGCAAACCAGUUAAUCAGAGAAGCAAAAUCCAUGAGUAUAGAAAAUCCAACCUUGAUGAAAAAAUUAUUAGAUCAAUGUCCUCAGUUAGCCCAUGCUCUAGUGGAAACCAGUUUAUUGGUUAACCUCACCAAUAAGGAUUUGAUUGGAUUAUGUGUUAAUCGAAAACAACCAGAUCUCAAUGAACUCACCUAUGAUCACGUUCAACUACUAAAAGCAAUUAAUGCUUUGGGUGACGACGAACUCGGUGAACUAAACGAUGACAAACGAAGCAUCAUAAAUGAAAUCAAAAACGAACUAAGCAAAGGCUCCUUCGGUAUCAUUAACUAGCAUCCUCUGUACUAUAUAUACAUCAAGU